AUGCCGGCGGCAAUCGUGGGCGAGACGCCCUCCCUCUCCACCUUCCUCAAAUCCCUCAAAUCCACCGAUGUAGAGAGCAGCAUCGACCUCUUCAUCUCCCUGCUCAAACGACGACAAAUCAAAAACUCCCGACCAUGCGCCCUCGCCACCGCCCAACUGCUCCUGCGAGUGGUGGCAGCAACGCGCAUUCGCGAUGUCCAGCAGCUCAUCGACCGCAUUUCCGAGGUGGGGCGGCGAUUGGUGGCGGCGCAACCACGUGAAAUGGCUGUGGGCAACAUCGUCCGCCGGAUCCUCGGCGUCGUCCGAGAAGUAGCAGAGGAGGAUGAACGUGAUGGCAGUCUGGGCAGUGGCCGCGUUAGUGGUGCCGCCAGUCCUGAUCCCAGCGAAGCCAGACGCCCAUUUCUCACAAAGACCUUCUCGGGCAUGUCUCCGCUCGGGCAGAGUGUCACCGUGCCUCACGACUUCCACCCACGAGUCAAAACACCGAUGAUAGAAUAUACAUCACCGCCAGGAUUCGAUGCAAGCGCCGAGCGAGAAGUGAAGAGGCCGGUAUUGCCGAGCUCUGCUUCUUAUGCUGGUCUUCCGCCCGUCUCUUCUCUGCUGAGUCUGCUCGAAGACCCCCUGGCGCGCUCUCCCAUCCCCACACCCCCACCGGGCUCAUCACCCCGCAUCCAGCCCAUGGGCAAGAUAACGGAAAGCAAGGAAAAGAUCGACGUCAAGGCCGAAGUCAUCGAUGGCAUCAAAGAACUUCUCGACGAACUGGAAGUCGUCGACAACCAGAUUGCGGAGAAUGCGCUCGAUCACAUCCACAGCAACGAAAUCAUCCUCACCCAUACCUCCUCCCAGACGGUCCAGAAAUUCCUCAUGACCGCCGCUCGCAAGCGCAAAUUCACAGUCGUGCAUGCCGAGGCCUACCCCAACAACCACGAUGAAACCCACGCCACCAUUGUCAACGGGGGAAAGAAGGGCACUGGUGAUGAGGAAGAAGUAGAUGAGCGAUGGAAACCAUUAACCAGCAUGGGCAUCACCGUCAUCCUCAUUCCCGACACCGCCGUCUUCGCCUUGAUGUCGCGCAUCAACAAAGUCAUCCUAGCCCCUCACUCUGUCCUGGCGAACGGCAGUCUGCUCGCAGCUGCCGGCGCAUCUACCAUAGCCCUGGCGGCCAAGUCGCAUAGAGUACCGGUGGUGGUGCUUUCCGGUGUCUACAAGCUCAGCCCCAUCUACCCCUUCGACACGCACGAGCUAAUCGAAUACGGCGAUCCGGGCAAGGUGGUGUCGUACGAAGAAGGCGAAUUCAUGGACAAGGUGGACGUCAUCAACCCGCUGUACGACUGGGUGGAUGCGGACUGCGUGGAUCUGUACAUCACCAAUCUCGGGGGCUGUGCGCCUAGCUUUCUCUACAGGAUCGUGGCGGAUCAUUAUCGCACCGAAGACAUCGAUCUGGGAGGGAAGGGUAGUUCAUGA